AUGGUAGUGGGGUGUAAGAACGGCUUCGCAUUCAGCGCGGCUGCUGCUGCUCUAGCGACGCUCGCGCGCGCUGCCCCCAUCGACAACUUCCCAAUCAACUCCCAACUACCGCCUGUAGCUCGAAUCUCGGAGGCUUUCGAGUUCAUUUUCUCUCCGAUAACAUUUACCUCUUCUUCAAAUAUCACGUACCGCCUCGAAAACGCGCCGAAAUGGCUUUCCAUCGAUAGCGACUCGCGCCGACUCUUUGGGACGCCUAGUGCCGAAGACGUCCCGCCUGGCGAGGUCGUCGGAGUCCCAAUCCAACUAGUUGCCGAAGAUGAAACGGGUUCGACGACAGCGACCCCGACUUUAGUAGUAUCCAGAAAUAAGCCGCCCAAAAUCUCUAUACCCCUCUCAGAACAGCUCCCUAAACUUGGCACGUACAUAGCCCCUUCGUCAAUACAUCUUCAUCCCUCCAAGGAGUUCUCCUUCAGCUUCGAUAAGCACACUUUCCGCACAGAUAGCGGAGAUGGUGGGCUUAACUACUACGCCGUGUCCGGCGACAACGUGCCUCUUCCUUCCUGGAUAACCUUUAAUACCGACGAUCUCACGUUCUCCGGCAAGACGCCUCCUUUCGAAAGUCUAGUUCAACCCCCGCAAACCUUUACUUUCCAACUAGUCGCGUCAGAUGUCGUAGGUUUCGCAUCUAUCUCGACACCCUUUUCGAUUGUGGUAGGGAACCAUGAAUUGAUCGCCGACCCGCCAGUAGUCAAGCUUAAUGCGACGCAAGGAAAGGCCUUCGAAUAUAAGGGUCUGUCAGAUGUGUUGGAGCUUGACAAGAAGCCUCUGAAGCCGGAAGAUGUUGACAGUAUCGCGGCAUUCGACCUACCAACUUGGCUAUCCUUCGACGAUAAGACGUGGGUGCUAAAAGGCAAGCCCGAUGACACUGCCGAAUCGUCCAAUGUCACCAUAUCUGUCACAGACAAAUAUACCGAUACCUUGAAUCUCACGGUCUCGAUUCAUUUUAGCCUGUUCCUUUCUGAUAUUCCUGAUCUUGACCUCAAAUCAGGUGACGACUUUAAAUUUGAUCUGAAGAAAUAUCUCUCGAACCCUUCUGAUGUCCAAGUUACGAUGAAGAACGACAAGGAUUCGUCCUGGGCAGAAUUCAACGCCUCCUCCUUUGUCCUCUCGGGAUCCGUCCCUGAGCCCAAAUCAGCGAAGUCCGUAUCGAUGCCGCACGUUAUUUUCAAUGCCACUUCGAAGCACACGAACGACACGGAGACUAAGACGAUGAACAUACACAUCGACUCACCCUCUCCUUCCUCCCACGAAAGCUCACCUCAACCGAGCAAUGAGCCGGAAGACGACGGCCCGGGCGAUUCGAAUAAAAACUUACUAUGGUUACUUGUGAUACCCAUCUUUUUAGCAUUUGCCGGAAUCAUACUUCUCCUUUUCCACAUCCGAAGACGACGCCACCAACCCAGGAGGCUCGAGGUAUCCGGCCCCAUAGCGGGAAACUUUAUGGCUAACCGACCCGGAAGUUACGACAAGGGCUCCGGCUCCGGUCAGACCGAGAGGACCAUGGUAAAUGUAGUACCGCCGCGCCUUUCCAAAGCCACUUUAUCGGCGCAGAAUGCACGGGCCUCCGCCGGCGCCACGAAUCAACGUGCUUCUCGGACCGAAACGAGUUCAAGUUUGACAGGAAAUAUACUACCACAUGCUAUGAUGGCGAUGUAUUCCAGAGCAAAGUCGCCCGAGCAUAGUGUCAUUCUAGAAGCGAGUAGUUCUUGGUCCGCUGGACGUAGCCAGCCAUCCCCACAAGUAAUGGGAGCGACAGACGAGAUUAGUUUGCUGUCAGAUACUAGCCUUGGAGAUGGGGAUGCGUAUAUUGUUCAAGCGCAAUCGUAUAGCGUCGCUCGGGGAUACCGCCAGGAUCCACCUCGGAGUCUCUCGGUCCCAACAAAUCCAGAACCGUUCAGUAUACAAAAUACGCCGGAAAUUGCCUACAUCGCAGGUGGUAAAUGUGAUUCCAGUUCAGGUGAUGCAGUCCCGCCACCAAUCGGCUAUGCUGCACAACCAAAGCCGGCACCGCACGAAGAUUCGACUCUUACCCUUCGCGACGUCGGCAAAAGGAUAUCUAACUUGUGGAAGAGGGAGAGCAAGAUUCAACUUCCCGAAGAGCAGAGGCGGACUAGUAUGCAUAGCGACUCCACGAGCCAGACGACUUGCACGAGUAUCCUAACUUCUGGAUUAACCGGUGGAGCUGAGGAGGAGGCCACGACGAGCACGAAUGUGAUCGCAAGACCAACUAUAAUACAUAUACCUAGCAGACCGGGAGAGGCGCGGCAAGUGAGUAGGAGGAUAAGCGAAUCCUCGCCGCUCUUUAGCGGCCGGUCGCUCGUACAAUCACCGCGAAAUUUCGGAUUGGCGAACAGAUCACCCGAGACAGUAAUACAGGCGAGCCCAGAGCUGCCGCCGAAUCUAGAAGAUUUCGCAAACCCUCGCGAUAGUGAUUCGUCGUGGGAUCGGAUCGCUAGGAAUUCCUUGGGCAUCGCAUAUAAAGACCUCAUUGCCGAGCCGGACAGGGUCGUCCCACGCCAAGAAUCUCCGGUGGACCCGGCUCAAGAGGAGAACUGGAUAAUACACGAUAGAGUCCAGGAUCUGUUAUCUCCAGGCCAAUGGGUCCAGCCAAACACAUCCGUCAACGUCAACAUGGUAGGCAUAGCGCGUACCUCGCCUUUCAACACAUCCAGCGAACUGCCGAGAUUACCGCCUACAACGGCAUUGGCGAUGUCCAAAGGCGAAGGGAAAGGUAGGAUGGCAAUGAACCGGCGCCCAUCGCCGAACUCUACUCUCCAGAGUACGCCGUCGCUUACCUCGAGGUCCGAUAAAUCCUACUCCUCCCGAGAUGAGCUUUUUUUCAACAUCGGUAGUCACAGGCAGAGGACAGCCGGUGAACUCCGAGCCCUAGCAUCGCAGACGCCAUCGACGGACAACGGUUGGGAUGCGCCAAACCGGCCCUUGCCUGAGACGCCCGUGCGUAGUAGAGUUCCGCUGGGGAAUCGACCCAACGACGCAUACUACGGUCCAAUGGGAGGAGAUGGACAAAGCUCCGACAUCGAGAACGUGCCCUCUAAGAACUGGAAAUCGACAAGAAGCCUGAAAAGCGCUAAGAGCUUGCGUAGCGUCUGGGCUGACGAGGAUGAUGAGGACGCGUGGGAGGAUAUACGCCCACCGACGACUAUUGACGGAUGGGAUGACGGUGGUGAUAGCGACGGGAGCUUCACGGUUUAUAUCUAA